AUGGCGAACGACGAAGACAGUGCUUGGGAUGAGCGGCUGGCGCUGUGGCAGGAAAAGCUCGGGACCUUGCGCAGCCAAGUCCUCGUGAGCGCGCUCGAGCGAACAGCGAUCGAUGCUGUGGGCGGCGGCGCGCUCUUCCUCGGUGGCGUCUCGCUGACCCACCUCGGCAUGUACGUCCUACGUAUCUCGGUCGCGAUGCCGGUCUUGCCGAGCCUGCUCGGUGGCCUUGGUGUGGCGUCUUCAAGCGCCAUGGCCGGUGCAUUUUGCCUUCGCCAUGGCUCGACCGAGCCGACACCGCUCCAGCUUACGGCGGCCGCUACGUCGGGGCUCCUUCUCUUCCGGCUUCUUGGCGGUCGGUUCCGUGCGCUUGCUCCGAGCGACUUUCGCCAUCCCGGUGCGUUUGGUCACGCCCGCAUCUCGCUUCCUGCCACAAUCGAAUAUGCCGACGGGAAUGCGCGGGCCGUCAUUCAAAGCUUUGGCCGCCUCUACGGCUGCCACACGUGUGGCACGAAGCGGUCCAAGUACCACGCCGACCACAUGCCACCGGUGCUCGUCGCCAAGGCCGAGAACGCGCGCGUAUGGGCCAAACUCUUUGGUCCCGUGACCCAGCGCUAUUAUCCGCAGUGCGAAAGCUGCUCCAACACCCAAGGCGCGUUGGUCAAGAAGAACGCUAAGCAGCUCAAACUCCAUCUCACCGAGCUCCGGGCCUACCACUGGACGGGCUUUUGGAUGGUGCUCUUUGGCGCGAGUGGUCUCGGCGGCUUUUUUGCACAAGCCUCCGACGAGGCGCCGUCGGUCGUUGAGCAUGUCGUGGCGCAGGCAACCGACGCUGUCCAGAAACCGCUUCUGUUGGUGUUGCGGGACCGGGAGGCCCGGCUGCGCGAGCGACGGCAGACCGAGACGAACAAAGAAGCGCGGCAAGCCAUUGACGACGAGCUCGCGACGAUUCGAGCGCGGAAAGCCGACAUUAAAAAGGCCGCUCGGCGCAACUAACAUCGUCUAAGGCAUCG